AUGAUCUUCACAGACUUGUACAAGUCGCCCAAGUCGCCCUUAGCCCGAUUACGUCACUCGCAUAACACCCAACUCUCCGUGCUUUCUGCGGACUAUGACCCCGACUUGACCAGCAAGGAUAAGACCAAGCAGAAGGAAGCCGUCAAGAAGCACCUGCAGUCCAAGGUCCGCAACGACUGGUCUUUCACUUGGCCACCGGCGGAGCACGCGGGCUCCUCACCCGCCGAGGACGAGCCACAACAGCCGGGAGCCACCGAGGACGCACCAGCGGUUGAGGACCUCGAAGGCUUCCUCGAGGUCGCUUCAGAUGGCCCUGACCCUGACGGCCAGGCAGAGUAUGGCCAGGAUACUGACAGGGACUCGGCCGAGGACACAGAUUCCGACACAGAUUCUAUCUACAGCACCAUAAUAGAAGACCCCAUCCACUGGCGACCGAGGUUGGAAUGGGCGUCGGAGCUCUCUGAAGAUGAGUUGCCCCAUAGCUCUUCGUCACCCUUCAAGUUUGAUACCCCGGAUUCAAUCGGCCAAGCCGUUAAUGCGUCCAACAUCGCCGGCAAAACCCGCAGGCGCAGAGAGAUUCGGAAGGAGGCAGCAUGGAAUGAUGGCCUCGCAUGCUUCGAGGCCAGGAGGAACGCCUGGACCCAGGCGAAGGUGGCUCGAGCCCGCCCGAAGCCGCCGUCUCCAGUGUCGCCGUCCUCGCCUAGGAAAGGCCUUUUCUGGCGGACGCAUACCAACACGUCGUCCAAUGCCGGCCAGACAGCCGCUUUGCCGGCCUCUGUGACUUCGCCCCUGACGCCAAUCACGACGCCAAUCACGACGACAAACUCACACCCAGACACCGCCCAGGCACAUCCUGGCAGCGGAGGCAGCGGCAACUCCACGCCCAACGACAACCUGUCACCAAAGACAUCGCGCAGCGAUCACCUCCACAAUGAGCCAUUGCAACCCGAGCAAUUGCCUGUCGAGACGCUGCUCCCAAUCGCCCCGCCCCUCCUGCCGCCCGCAAAUCCGAUGCGCGCCAGCAUAACCCCGGCUCUGUACGGCUCAAUCUAUGAAAAGGUUGUGGUGCACAGCCUGCAGCCGUCCUGUCCCAUAAAUCUAGGAGACAUGGUGCGUGCGUGCGUGGCAGGGUGGAAGCGCGACGGUGAGUGGCCACCCCGGGUCACGGGCCCCGAGCCCGCCGCCCUGGUUGCAGUCAAGAGAAGGAAGUCAGCAACGACCGCGACAGCCGUGCCGCCGAGCCCGGCCGGGUUUGCUGCCAUCAAUGGUUCUGGCGCGUCCGGGCGGAAGCUGAGCUUCUCCUUAUUAGGCGGGCAUGGGCAUGGUGGCGAGAAGGGGAGAAGGGAGAGUCUGGCCGAGGAAGGGAGCGGCGGGUCGGCAACGGGCAAAGCCCUCAGGAGGAGCCUCCAGAAGGUCCUGGGGAUUGGGCAUGGACAGCAUCCUAAUCAGCCUGUCGAUGGCAGUGCCAUUGUCCAGGAGCACUAA